AAGGAAGCUUCCAGAGAGUUCCAGAAGCUUUGAGCUCGGGUCGGUUUCUGGAACACUCUUUGAGGAAAGCAUAUAAAGGAACGCGUCGUCGUCCACUUGCGUAACACUCGACUGAGCGCUUGCCAGUUGGAGUUAAUUCUCCCCUAAAACCAGGACCAAGAUGCCUGAGUCACAGGACCACCCAAUGGAGGAGACGGAGACCUUUGCAUUCCAAGCUGAGAUUGCUCAGCUGAUGUCUCUGAUCAUCAACACCUUCUAUUCCAACAAAGAGAUCUUCCUCAGGGAGCUCAUCUCCAACUCCUCUGACGCUUUGGACAAAAUCCGCUAUGAGAGCCUUACCGACCCCUCCCAGCUGGACACGGGCAAGGAGCUGAAAAUCGAAAUCAUUCCCAACAAAGACGAGCGCACCCUCACCCUGGUCGACACCGGCAUCGGCAUGACCAAGGCGGACCUGAUCAACAACCUGGGCACCAUCGCCAAGUCGGGAACCAAGGCCUUCAUGGAGGCCCUCCAGGCCGGAGCCGACAUCUCCAUGAUCGGUCAGUUCGGCGUGGGCUUCUACUCUGCCUACCUGGUGGCCGACAAGGUGACGGUCAUCACGAAGCACAACGACGACGAGCAGUACGUGUGGGAGUCGUCGGCCGGGGGCUCGUUCACUGUCAUGGCUGAUAAGACGAAUGAGCCAAUUGGUCGCGGAACAAAGGUUAUUUUGCACCUGAAGGAAGACCAGAUGGAAUAUGUGGAGGAGCGCAGAGUCAAAGAGAUUGUCAAGAAGCACUCGCAGUUUAUUGGCUACCCCAUCACACUAUAUGUUGAGAAGGAGCGCGAUAAGGAGGUAAGCGACGACGAGGCAGAGGAAGCGGAGGAGAAGGAAAAGAAAGACAAGGAUGACGAAGAGCCGGACGAGGAUCAACCGGAGGUGGAGGACAUCGGCGACGAUGAGGAUGAGAACGACAAGUCCUCAGACAAGAAGAAGAAGAAAAAGAUCAAGGAGAAGUACAUCGACCAGGAGGAGCUGAACAAGACCAAGCCGCUGUGGACUCGGAACGCCGACGACAUCACCAACGAGGAGUACGGAGAGUUCUACAAGAGUCUUACGAAUGACUGGGAGGAACAUCUGGCAGUUAAGCACUUCUCAGUUGAAGGCCAGCUCGAGUUCCGUGCGCUGUUGUUCGUGCCUCGCCGAGCUCCUUUUGAUCUCUUUGAGAACAAGAAGAAAAAGAACAACAUCAAGCUGUACGUACGCAGGGUCUUCAUCAUGGACAACUGUGACGAGCUGAUCCCAGAGUACCUCAAUUUCAUCAAAGGUGUGGUUGAUUCUGAGGAUCUCCCCCUGAACAUCUCCAGAGAGAUGCUGCAGCAGAGCAAGAUCCUCAAGGUCAUCCGCAAGAACCUGGUCAAGAAGUGCCUCGAGCUCUUCACAGAGCUUUCCGAAGAUAAGGAAAACUACAAGAAAUGCUAUGAGCAGUUUGCAAAGAACAUCAAGCUUGGCAUCCAUGAGGAUUCCCAGAACAGGAAGAAAUUGUCCGAGCUACUGCGCUACUACACAUCCGCUUCUGGAGAGGAGAUGGUUUCUCUGAAUGACUACGUGACGCGCAUGAAGGACAAUCAGAAACACAUUUACUACAUCACAGGCGAGACGAAAGACCAGGUGGCCAACUCCGCCUUUGUGGAGCGCCUCCGCAAGGCCGGCUUGGAGGUCAUCUACAUGAUCGAACCCAUCGACGAGUACUGCAUCCAGCAGCUGAAAGAAUUUGACGGCAAGAACCUGGUGUCCGUCACUAAGGAGGGCCUCGAGCUGCCUGAGGACGAGGAUGAGAAGAAGAAGCAGGAGGAGAAGAAGGCUCAAUUUGAAAACUUGUGCAAGAUCAUGAAGGACAUCUUGGAGAAGAAAGUGGAGAAGGUCACGGUCUCGAACCGCUUGGUGUCGUCCCCUUGCUGCAUCGUGACCAGCACGUACGGCUGGACGGCCAACAUGGAGAGGAUCAUGAAGGCCCAGGCCCUCAGGGACAACUCCACCAUGGGCUACAUGGCGGCCAAGAAGCACCUGGAGAUCAACCCCGAGCACGCCAUCAUUAAGACGCUGCGGCAGAAGGCCGAGGCCGACAAGAACGACAAAUCCGUGAAGGAUUUGGUCAUCCUGCUGUUCGAGACGGCGCUGCUGUCGUCGGGCUUCACGCUGGACGACCCGCAGACGCACUCAAACUGCAUUUACAGGAUGAUCAAGCUGGGGCUCGGCAUCGACGAAGAUCCAACUCCAGACGACGCCGCCGACCCCGUCGAGGAAAUGCCCCCGCUUGAAGGCGACGACGACGAAACCAGGAUGGAGGAAGUGGACUAAACCCGCUCUACAAACCCUGAAAAUGUUUUGUCGUUAAUGUUCUACAAAGUUACUACUGGAAGAACCCUUGUUCAUAUUUCAUUUUGGACCGCCCCACCCCCUGCUGUCUUUAUGCAGUUCUGAAUGUUUAAAACUUGUUCCCUUUUUGUAUUUAGUCUUUGUUUUUUAUUAUUAUUGUUGAAGCAUUCCAUGUUUGACUUGAACUGUAAAUACAGUGCAAGAGAAAUGGUGUAAAAAAAAAAAAAAAAAAAUGUUGAUCUUCAAAUAAACUUGACAAAGAAUUCAUAAUGAAAAUGUUAAUACGGUACUACUGGGUCACCAACAAAACCUUGUUUGGUGGCACAAACACUGAAAAG